GUAGCCUAAGGUAGCCUGCUAGCCCCAAACGCCAUCUUAAAUAGACAGGGGGGGUUUAAACGGGGAGAAACCAGGAAAACAGGCACCGCAGGCGGCGACCAGUUAGUUUAGUCUGAGUUUUAAUCCUCGGCUCACUCCGGAGUAGUGUUAGUCAUGGCUUUGAGAUUUUAUAACACAAAGUAAAAGCGCGUACGCGAGGAGGAAAUCGACAAGACACUGAUUAGCAUUUAGCUAGCAAGGGGGAGGGGCGGGGGGUUUUCGCGAUAUUUUUAUUUUUUUUUUUAUUUUUUUGGCGAAGUUAUUUGUUUAUGUUAUUCCACGCAGACAUGUCCUCUUCAAAUCCAGAGUUAGCAGACCCAGGUCUGGGUAUGGGGGCGAGUGGAAGCCAAGCAGGUGCCGGGGCUGUUGUACCAAAAGGGCCCAACAAAAGACGAGCUGCGCCAGACUUUGAUGAUGAUGACGUUGAAGGCAGCAAGCUGUUCAGAUGUGACGACGACUCAUCGGGACCCAACAAUGACAAAGAGCGCUUUGCCAGGUUUUUGGAAGACGAACAGAGUUUUGCCGAUAAGGAAAAACUAGCCAGGGAGAACCAUAGUGAAAUUGAGAGGCGGAGGCGAAACAAGAUGACCGCUUACAUAACAGAAUUGUCAGACAUGGUGCCCACCUGCAGUGCACUAGCACGGAAACCAGACAAACUAACCAUCCUGCGAAUGGCAGUGUCCCACAUGAAGUCGCUGAGAGGAGGUGGCAACACCAACACAGAUGGAUCGUACAAACCUUCAUUUCUCACUGACCAGGAGCUGAAGCAUCUCAUCCUCGAAGCAGCCGACGGUUUCCUGUUUGUGGUGUCAUGUGAGACUGGCCGCAUUGUUUACGUCUCCGACUCCCUGACCCCUGUCCUCAACCAAUCACAGUCCGAAUGGCUCGGCUCCUCCCUCUAUGACCAACUCCACCCAGACGACACAGAAAAACUCAGGGAGCAGCUCUCUACUGCAGAGAAUAACAAUACAGGGAGGAUGUUGGACUUGAAGACAGGAACCGUGAAGAAGGAGAGUCAACAGUCAUCAGCUAGAAUGACCAUGGGAGCCCGUCGAUCAUUCAUCUGCAGGAUGAGGUGUGGCACAUGUCCAGUGGAACCAAUGUCAAUGAACAGACUGAACUUCCUUAGAAACAGAAACAGGAACGGUUUGGGUGUAGCUAAGGAAGGGGAACCUCAGUAUGUAGUGGUUCACUGUACAGGAUACAUUAAGUCCUGGCCUCCAGCAGGAGUAUCACUAACAGAUGAUGAAGCAGACAACACUCAGGGGAGUCGCUACUGUUUAGUUGCCAUUGGGAGAUUACAGGUUACUUGUUGUCCAGGGGAAACAGGCAUCAACAGUAUAAGUGUGCCAGUGGAGUUCAUCUCCCGCCAUAACUGCCAGGGCACAUUCACCUUUGUGGACCACCGCUGCAUGGCCGCUGUUGGCUAUCAGCCCCAGGAGUUGCUGGGAAAGAAUAUCCUAGAGUUCGCCCACCCAGAAGACCAAGGCUUACUGAGAGACAGCUUCCAACAGGUGGUGAAGCUGAAGGGCCAGGUCCUGUCAGUGAUGUUUCGCUUCCGCUCGAAAUCGAGGGAGUGGAUCUGGAUGAGGACCAGCUCCUUCACUUUCCAGAACCCAUUUUCAGAGGAGAUUGAGUACAUCAUCUGUACCAAUGUCAACGUCAAUAGAAACUCAACCCAGGACCCCCUCACUCCCAUCUCCUCCCCAGGGGCUUCGAUGCCCCCGUCCAUGGGUCAGAGCAGCCCAAAUGGCCCUCCUGUAGUACUCAGCCCGGGGCAGAUAGCCACCAGACAGUUGCAGCAGCAGCAGCAGGCGGACAUGGAGGGAGGCGGAACGAGAGAUGGCCUGUACGAGGCCGGGCAAAUCACCCUCCCACAGAUGCCGGUGCAGCCAGUCACAGCGGCCGGGCCGGACCUCAGCAAGAGCAUCGAGAAGCCAGAUCUCUACCCCUCCCUCUUCCAGGGGCCGGAUCAGACCAAGGGCAUGCCCUCCACGUCUACUCCAUCCACUCAGAUCUACGCCCAAGCCAACAACUUCCCCGCUGGCCGUCCCAGUGAUUCAUACAGACCGGUUGGCAUGACUCCACAGAUCACACAGCCUCCACACUCGGCAGGGCAAAUGCUGGCCCAGAUGUCUCGUCAGAAUGGAGUCCCACAGUCGGUUACUCCAUCCAGCACCACCAGCCCGCUUCAUGGAGGACCAGCUGGAGGGUGGCCUGGGCCUGGGCCCGGGCCCGGAGCUGGAGCCAGACCACAAUUUAACCAGCAGGUGGCUCCUCAGGCAGCAAAGACCAUGUCACAGCAGUUUUCCCCCAUGGGAGGAUUUGGAGGUGGCUCUUCCAACUCUUUCGGCCAGAUGCCGACAGGUGCUGCUCCCACCCCGACCAACGGUGCAAACUACCCGCAAAUGAACGCUCGUGCCAGCCUCAACACCAACGGUUACGAUGCCUCUCAGUCUGGGCCUCAGUUUCCCUCUCGAGCAGCAGAGGCCGUGUGGCCUCAGUGGCAAGGACAGCAGCAUUCACAGAGUAACGCAGAGCAGCAUCCUCACGCUCAGAGCAACCAGCAAGACAUGUUUCCUGACGUGUUAUCUAUGCUGGAUCAGCCCAACAACUUCAACAGCGACGACUUUGAGAUUUCCAUGUACCCGCCAUUCAACGAGUGACGUCGCCGAUGCUCGUCCCCUGCUCCAACUUUGUCUUCUUGACCGAUUUUAACCCUCACUGUUUCCUAUAUUUAGCUCUUCCUGCUCCUCUGUUCUUCCUGCUCCUGAGAGUGACACUCUUCUCUUGCUUCGCAUGGCUUAAGUUGCUUCACAGCUGUGAGCCAGUUAAAGACGGAGAGAUGUAUCGUUUGACUGCAGAUAGAAAGUGGAAGAAUAUCAAGAAUUUCCUACUGACUAAAAUAUUAUUGUUCUAACAAUGUUUCAGCCAUUUAAGAGACUUCUCUAGCUAGCACUGCCCAAAGCUCAACAACCUGUGUUGUAGAUAUGUGAUAUAUGAUAUAAAUAUAUAUAUAAAUUUAUAUAUAUGUUCAAAUAUAUAAAAAAACGCACAAUCACAAAACCACACUUGAAUAGACUGCACAAAAAUAUUUCUACACUUUGGUAAACGUGCACCCGAAGUACAAACACACACACACACACACACACACACACACACACACACACACACACACAAAGGCCUUUUAUUCUAAUAUGUUUGUUGUUUUCUCAGGCAAUGAUUAAGAGUGUACUUUGUUGUUUUACCCUUUAGCGUGUAGACUAAUCCCUCCGGUCGCUGGUUUGAACUCUGGGGAUUUUGCAGGGAUCUACAACUUUGGUGAUUUUUUAUAUUCUCAGCUGUUGCACGCUAACCUCACUCUCAGUUUUAACUCCACAGCACGUCUCUGCAUGACUCAACAGCUUUCAUGGAGCGCUUCUUUCUUUUUUUUAAUUGAGUACAGUUUUACAUUCAUUGUCGGCUUCUCCUAUGAAUUCAGUUUGUUUUUCCUCUUGAGAAACGUGUUUCGCUUUUUCUAUUGAUUGAUGUACUUCUACAGCACAUUGUUAUAGUGGCUACAUUCUGUUUGUCAAGGUGCCCUUCGGGAAUAUAUACAAUCAGUUUUUCUUUGCCUACAUAUAAAUAUAUAUAUACAGGAUGCAUGUGUGUUUGGUAGUAAAUUGGAUGCAUACAGUAUCAUUAUGUGCUAAAAGCUGGAAAAGUUUUAGCUUGAGUCAUUUCUUUCAGCCGCCCUCAUUAUUCUUUAAGUUCAGGCUUUUUGUAUCCCUUUUAUAACAGAAAUAUAAAAAUAAAAAAAUGUCAGCAAUAAUUAACAAGCAGGAUUUCUGUACUUUUAAAGCCAUGUUUUUAAGGUCGUUAUGAAUGUUUUCCUUGAAUAUUGUUAUUUUAAAAUGGAGAGACAUGCUAGUAAUGUUUGAUUUAACUGAAAUGUACUUUGUUGUUUUAUCUCUUGCCCUAUCCAUUGCCCUUGUCUGAUUGGUGUUUUUAUUAACGGUUGAUCAGGGUAUUCAGGAUUAAAAUGGAAUCAUUAGAGCUAAAGACAAAAGGACCUAUAAGUGAGAAUGUGUUUUAGUGUUCAGUCCUCUUUGUUUGUGACAUGUGGACGGACUCUUUGCCAAGAAGGUUUUGUUUUUGGUGAGUUUUCAUUCUAGAGGAACGUGGUGGGGAUGUAAGUUAGUGCUUCUAAAAUUAUUUUAACUAUUAAUGUGUGGAAUUUAAAAGUUGAGACACCUCUUUGUUAUCAGUUUUCCAUUGUCUGUGUGUAACACUCGCGCUUGUGAUGACAGAUUAUGAACUUGUAUGUAAGCCCUUGUAGAUACUUGUUGAGAUUUCAUCUUCCAGAUGGUGGUAUGUUGGUGUCUGUGUUGUCUUGCUGAUAACCUCUUUGGUUGCUUUCUAUCCAGGUUUUAUUUUUGUUUUUGUUUUUUUGUUUUUCACUCAGAAACACAAAAUAUAUAAUUAUACUGUAUAUGAAAUUUAAAUGAGAGAAAGAACUGUUUGGUUUUUGUAUUAAAUUGUUAUAUUGUCAGAAA